AUGAAUCGAGUGGCUGGACAUCGAGAUGGUAUAUGGGAGGUUACUUCAUUCAGGAGGUUUAUUGCGACUGCAUCUGCUGACAAUACUGCUCGUCUUUGGAUUAACGAUGGUCAAUUAAAUUGUUUAUUAGUCUAUAUGGGUCAUUCAGGUUCAGUAAACUCUGUUCGAUUUCGAAAUAAAGACAGUUUAAUGUUAACAUCUAGUGGAGAUGGAACUGCCCACCUUAUUCGUUUGCCAUUUGAUUUAAUAAAUAAAGCUGCAACUUCACUUACAAGUGGAAACACAUCAGGAGCUGCAUUGGAUGCCGUUGCCUCGGCUCUUGCUUCAGAAACUGCUGGAACAAGUCCUAUGGGUUUGGGAAUGAGUACAAUUUCAGGAACUGCUAUCAAGUCAGGGAUUGAUCCGGUUGGUUCGUAUGAUUCAGAUGAAACGAUGAAUUUAUUAGUUGGUUCUACAGAAGAAGAUCCUCCAGUUCGCAUUGCUGCUAUCCCACCUAUCGCUGUUCGACAUCCUCACGCAAUAUUUCAGUCUGCAAACUUAUAUUUAUCAUCAUCUGGUACAGUUUGGAACUCUACUGGUGCUUCAGGAUGCAAUGUUAUCGACUCAUCACCUUUAUCUGCUGCUGAUUUUGUUUACGGACGAGAACAGUUAGUGACAGCAUCGUGGGAUCGUCUAGGUAGAACAUAUGAUCUUGCAACUGGACAAGAGCUAGAAUCACUUACGGGACAUGAUGAUCAUUUGACAGAUGUACGUUGUGAACCAGGUGGGUUUCCUGUUGUUGUCACGUCGUCAAGGGAUUGUACAUUUCGUUUGUGGGAUUUUCGUCAACCAGGAAUGCGGGUUCAUGUUCAACAGGCCCAUAGUCAAACAGUUUCAACCACACAAUUUCUGGCACCCGGUUCUCCUGAACGUCUUAUAAGCGCUGGUGCUGAUAGGUUUUGUCGUAUUUGGGACUUGAGACAAAGCCGUGGUCCAGUUGUUAGCAUUAGAACCGAUGCAGCAAUCAAUCGCUUGGGCUUGUCUGGUUAUGGACCAAGUGUAUCAUAUCAGCCAACAGAAACAAUUAAUCCUGCUCCAACUGUAAUUGGAUCGUCUUCCAGUGAAGCUCCAUCUCAAGCUGCUCAACAUGGGUCUGUGUUAAGUACUUCAGUUCAUAAUCCUUGUCCUUCCAGUUACCCCAAGUAUAUUGCUCUACCGCUGGUCAAUCGAGGAAUAAAGCUACUUGAUGUAAAUGGCAACAGAAUUGGUCGGUUAACUAGAUCGUCACAUGGUCAUUCUCGUAUGGUAACUUGUGUUGCAUGGGCAAAUGAAGGUGUUCACAAUCUUUUCUCAACUGGUUUUGACGGUCUCUUAUUGGCUUGGCAAAUUCACAUUGGAAAUGUUUAG